UUUUGAAGUGAAGCUUCCAGUAGAGGGCGCUAAAGAGCAAACUCAGUCAGGAAAAAGCUGCUGCACUUUGUGUGUUUUCCUCUGCUGAGCCUCAGACUGCACUGCAGCCACAGGACAGAAUGAGCACGCUCUGUGCUCUGGAUCCUAAAGCCUGAAAGGCAAACCGAAAACACACGCGAUGACAACACAAACACACACACUCACACACACACAAGCAUGAGAGGCACAGCUGAGGAGAGAGCGGGUGACGAGGAAAAGACAGACCAAGGAGGAGAGAAAAAUGCUGAAUGGAUGCUUCAACUGUUUCUCUUCUCGGCCAAUCAGAGCAUCUGCUUCCUGCUUCUAGCAUCUGGGCUCUGUGAUUGGUCAGCUGCUGCAGAGAUGCAGACAGAAGAAUAAACAAGGAGAAGAAACUGUCGGGCAGGGAAGGCUGCUCUCUGCACCUCUCUCCUCCGGUGUCUCAUUGGUUCUUCUCCUACGUUUCCCUCCUCUCUCUGUUUGCUUGCUCACGCUGCUUCGUGAGCUGAAAGUGAUGGCUUCAUUUCAUGAGACUAACCUGCAGCCCACCGACUGCAGCUGCCGUUUGCCCAGCGGCAUCGUGGGAGCCGCGUCUCCUAGGUGGCGCAGGAGGAUGGCUGAUGGACUGAGGAUUGUAGGUCAGCAGAGUUUGGGGAUGUGAGCUGGUGGCCAGACGAGGCUCAAACGAACUCUUGCUCCUCUCAUCGUUCUCUAUCGUCUCCCAUCUCUCCAUCCGUCUCCCUCCUGACCUGCACCUGUCUGAGGAGGAGGCAAAAUGGGCUGCCGUCUUACAAGAGCCAAGGCGAAGGCCCGUGAACCCUCCCAUCACCACCACAGAGAGCAGUUGCACUUUGUUGAUGAAUACGGCCAGCCAAUCACUGUGCAGCUGGAGGACCAAAGGGGGCAUGCCCACCGAAGGAGGCGCUCACGGCGUGCAACGGAAUGCAGCACCACAACGGAAAGACAAUGGGAAGCCCUGAGAGCGAUGGGAUUGGUGGAGGGACAGGAAGUUCAAGAAGACGGCUACAGUGCUGGACCUUAUUAUGGGCACAUGUCCGUGUCACCUGACCUCUACCCUGCCAGUAACCACAUGAUGAUGCCACCUGAAGUGUACUCAUCUAACGGCUACAUGCCCACAUCAUCAGAUGAACGACAUCCAUGUAACAACUACCUACCCAGUGUCUCAUACAGCUUGGACCACCUGGACCGACUCGAUUAUCAGGGUCCUGAGAUGUUGCCUUACGAGCCAAACUCAGAGAGUUGUCUCAUUGGCUGCUAUGGCAGUGAGGAAAUGGAGCCUAAGAAUUUCCCUCGACAGCCUAACUAUCAUCCUGCCUGGAGGUCUGAGCGUCCCAUGGGAUACCUUCCCCUCAGCGAGCUUGACAGUGGCUUGGGAUGUGGCCCUGACAGCCCACAUCACAGAGUUGCACUCUCUGAAGCUGAAACAGAUGCAAUGUCAUCUUUGCCAGGCCACACCCCUUCCUCCCAGGGCUCCUCCUCCUCUUCAGAGUCCCUGAUUUCCUCAGAGCCCAGUGACUCUGGCUUUCACAGCGUCAGCACCGGGGAACACAGACGACUGCACAAGAUUCAUGGACACACUCAACGGCAAGCCCACAACCUUCGCUCAGGCCAUUCCCCUCGAGACCAGAGAGGACGCUGGGAUCUGGAGUCCAUCCCUGAAACGACCCCAAUGAUCCACAGUGCAGCACCACGGGCAUCUCAGUGUUCCGUUGGUAACAGCACAACCACUGUGGUUCACUUUCACAGAGCGGAGAGGAGUCCCACUCUGCCACGACACCUAUCACCACCGUCUCCCUCCAGCGGUUGUCGGACUGAGCCUUGCCAGCGUAGGGCUCUGUGGUUGGAACAGCAGCAUCAGCUCCAAGGAGGAGGCAGGACGAUAGAAGCUCCAGGAAGGAGUCGAACAAUAACAGAUCUGACUGAAGCACAGAGACACCGGAGGGCAAGUCACCCCGAUAUGACCUAUUCAAACACUCCGAGAAAUGUACAGCAAAACAUUUGUGCAGGCCCAACUAAAAACACAAUGGGGCCCAGGAGCAGGGCCAGUUAUCCCAGUAACUUUCAUCCCACAACUCACCUCAGUAUAGACAGAACCAGUAUCACCAACUAUCAAAACAUGCUCAGAAACAGCCGGAGCUCAAGCCGCAGUAGAGAUGAGGAUUCUUUGUCCAAGAGUCCCGGAUCUGGCUCCAGUGGCAUGCCAGAGUGGCGAGGCUCUCAGACUCUUGGAAGUCGCACAGACAAACCCAAAAAUGCAUCUGUUCCUUGCUACAGCACUCUUGGAGCCCCGCAACUGGGUCCGCGAUCUCCACCCUCUCCCCGCUCUAGACUGUCCAACCAGAAGUCCGUUAGGAACCAACUCCUCAAAGCCAGAGCUUACCGACUGGCUAGAGAACGCAGCGAGGUCACAACAGAUGAAGAAGUACGGGGAAAUGGGGCGAGAGAAGGGGACGAGGAGGGGGAUGAUGGUCGGCGCGUGGGACGGUACUGGAGUCGAACAGAGAGAAGGCGCCACUUGGCUCUGUCGCGGCAACAAAGAGAGAGGAGAGGGGUAGCAGAGGAACAGAUGGGGGUAGGCCUGGGGCCUUUGUCUUCUCAAACGGUACUAGAGCUGAGCCACAUGAAGCAGAACCGCCUGAGGAACAGCAAGUUGCUUGAUGACUGGACAACGGUGGAGGAGCUGCUGACACAUGGCACACGAGUGGAGAGUGACAGUCAGCUGUGUCCUAGCCCUCUUUUGUCAGUUACUACGGUCUGAUGAGAGCUCAGUCUAACAAAAGUUUUACAUCAGUUCUUUGCAGAGGCUGAAAUAUUCAUUUAUGUGUUUGCAUUGCACUUUGCAAUAAUACCAUCACACACAACAAGGUUUGUUUGUUGUAGCUGGAGCUAACCAAGCAUGCAACAUCUCAGCACAAUGCCAGAAGUUUAAACUGUGAAGAGGCUCCUGUCCCCUGCCUGGUUACACUACUGUCAUAUUACAGUCUACACAGCAUGAUGGACAUGUAAUGGCAUAGGUUGCAGAUGAUGAUGGUUGUCAAUACUCUUUUGUUAUUCAGGAGAGGAAAUGAAAAAGAGAAAACAUUUAAACAAAAUAGUGAAAUGAAGCAGAACUGAAGAAAAUACAUACCAGGGAAUCUAAUGCUACCAAACAAUCAAAGCUGUUUCAAUCCAACUCAUAGUUACAUUUUUGAAGGUAACAUCUGUCUACAGCCUACAGGAUAUGUGUCUGUUUGAACCCGAACUCAAAAACGUUUUUAUUUAUAAAUAUGACAAACAUUUGCAGUCUCAAAAGUCCAGAUUCAUCAAAGUAUUGUUCCCUAAAUGAUGAUGUCACACAACAUCAAAAUUGUUCAGGAAGGUCUAGUGAGUCUACACUAAAUUGUUCUGAUCAAAUCCAUAAAUAUCAAUUAUUUUCUUUGAUUGCUAUGAUUAUGGGAUUUAAACAAUAUAUAUUUGUGUAAAAUCAUACAUACCGUUGAUCCACUGAUGUAAAACCACUGACUUUAUCAGUAACAUCUCAUUCUGUUCAAGGAGGGAAAAAAUCUGCAUUUAUUAUAUUGAAGGUUUGAUAGAGAAUGUAGAAGUCAUUGAAGAUUUUCAUUCAACUAAGUGACAUUUUCUUAGAGUAUCUGGACUUCUUGUCUUUUCUUCUUGAGACAUUUCACCACUCAGACUGGUACUUUAGCUGUACCAUACACAGCAUUUACAGGAAAAUAGACCAGGGAUUGAAACAAAGUAAAAGUUUUUAUCAACUUAAAGUUGAAUAAUUACAGGCACUGUUCACUUCAGUUUAUUUAGAAACUGCUACUGAUUUGUAAGCAAAGACGUAUUGGGGCACAAUAUACAUCUGGUUAGAAAAACAUGAACUCAAACAAAAAAAUAGAAUUAGCCAUUUUUAUGACAAAAUUCCAAUUUUUCUGUUUUUCAAUUCUUUGAAGAUCCUUUGAACUGGUCAAAUCACUAUAAAGGGAGUCUUUAUACAUGAUGCACAGACCACAAUGAAAAAUCUUUGGGUAUCAUUGCUAAGAAGCAGGAAGUUGGGCAAUUGAAGAGAAGAGUAAAUCACUAUCAAUGGACAAAUUGAAACAAACCUGCUGCGAAACUACCCCUAGUUAGGGUGGACAUCUGCUGUGCGACCAGCUGAGGUCCAAAUGACAGAAAAAAAACAUCGGACCAUCUGUAUUAAAUUAAAAAAGAGAUUCAAAUUCAUAUCUGCAAUAAUCACAUUUAGAAAGAGAGCAGACACACAAAUUGGCCCCAGUGAAGAGUAAUGAACAGACCUAGUUUUUGUUUGAACGGCACCAAAAACUUUAGGUCUGUAGCAGGAUAGUGUCAGACUCCUGAAUUUAACUCAUAAAAUAAAUCCUAUGAGUUUUUAUGCAAAUAAAAGGAUAUUGAAAAACGUUUUUAAAGAAAAGUAAGAGGUUGAGGCAAGCAUGGCAGUUAUACGACUCGUCAUCCCAUGACCAACGCAUUCAUACUGAUGUUUUUAAGGCAAGUAAUGAUAACAAUAAGCAAAGUAUUUGUUUUGCAAACACAUGUAAAGUAGGUUUCUAUUAAAAUGUUAGUGAACCUGGAUCUGUGACAGACUUUUAGCUGACUGGCUGACCUGAGGUUGUGAUCAAAUGAAGUCCAGAUGGAACAAACCAUUAAACAAAAGGCUAGAAAACGCUUUUCAACUUUACAAGCCUCAAAUAGAAAGGCUGCUUCACAGGAGACUUUCUGCACGUCAGUAUCAGUUGACGGAGUGAGGAUCUGCAGGGAUUCCUUCACACUUCAAACCGCCCGUGACUCAAUGUCACACAAGUGACUUCGCUUUGUGGAAAAACUUGUUUACUGCCUUUGCGUAUGUCUUUGUUGCAUAAAACCUUAAAAAAUAUCGGUAAAAACAGGCAACUGUUGGCUCUGCUCUCUUGUUGAAGGAGUCCUCCAUGAUCAAACCGUUACAGUCUCCUCUGAGAUGCAGAUUCCUCACAGUUUUAUCCUCUUUAGUCAUUUUUGUCUUGGGUUCCUCCUGAGACAUUCUUAUUAAUCUUGUCCCACAGAGCUGGCAUGUGUGAAUACACAAGGCGUCAGCCUAUCAAGAGACUCACCAGCUCAGCUUUUUGACCUUUAGAGGUUUAACUGUCGAGUCUUGAACAGCUUCAGUGGAGGAAAUCUUUUAAUGAAUCAUCAAGAACCAAUGACAUGAGUUUAUUCCUAUGCCCAUAACUUUUGGAACAGUUUCAGUCCACCUGUAUUUAGUGACCAUAUCUUAAAAUGUGAUAAUACCCCUAUGAAUGUCUGAAAAUGCAUGUUUCACUGCACACAACCCCAGCUUAAACCUACCCUGAAUUAAAAUAUUAGCAUAUUUAAUGAAAAAUUUCAACAAAGGUGAUUUGAUCAGACUUUUAUUCAUCUGAACAAAACAGCUGACUUGACAGAUAAAGGUUUUGGUCCUUUUAGGUCAAGCAUGACAAAGCAUUCUCAUUGUGAAAACAUAAUGAGCAAUAAACUUAAUUUCUGGUGUGGGACAUGAACCAGCAACUCUGUAAAUAAUUGUAGGUUUUAUAUGUUGAAUUCUGGUCAAUUCCAGUAUGAUUUUUUUCCUACACCAAACCAACAGACCUAAGACGUAAACUAAACAAACGUCCGUUUGUCCGGUUUUUAGCUUUAGCUGUAAUCAGAUAAGAAAAAUAGUGGGAUAGACAGAAGACAAGCUGACUAUCAACAAAUCACUUUCACACUCAGUUCUGCAGCUACUGAACUGACUGGUUGAAACAUGUGGUGAUGUGAGUGUUUUGAUGACAGAGAUGCACACAAAAGAAUAAAAAGGGAGGCAGCGAAGAAAGAAGAAAGUGUGGGAUCAAGAAGCCCAAUCUGAAUUCUUCUCUUCUCCCUUCCCCUUCAUGUGGCCCUCCAAAUUGAGAGUGUUUUAUAUUUCGGAAGUUGCUUUCAUUUGAUGACGUCAACAAUAGUCACCGGUCAGCUAGCUUUAGCGCGUUGCCUCCAGCGCACAAAUAUACCUAACAACAUUGGUUUUAUAACUUUGAAAAGGUCAUGGUACAACAAAAAGUCAUUACUUACAUGUAAAUGUAAACUUCUGUGCUUUAGAGCGCACCCACGAGAAGAAACCACUUCUCUUCCACGGCACAGCACGACGCGGUUUACUCUCGCGACGAAUCCCUCCGCAUAGGAGGGUGGGAUCUUAAAAAAACUAUUUCAGACACCACUUGCUCUAAAAAUGCCCUUCGUUUUUUCAGGGUUUCGGUUGUAAACAGCAGUCAUGAACUUCUAACUGCUCUCAAAUGUCCACCUGUGUCUUUAACGUUAGCUAAAAAGUGUAUUUAAGUUGGUGGGGUGAUUACAUUCUAGAGUGCAAUGAUCAAUGCAAUAUAGAAAAAACAUGCUUUACAAGAAAGAAAAAAAAUGGCACUAGAGUGUGGCCUGUAAAAUUGCGGUCAGAUACAAUGUUCAAAGUUAUGAGAUUCUUUGGAAGAGAUGAAGCUACAUAAAACACUGACUUUGCAUGUGGUCAUUAUGGAUCAAACACACCGUCCUCCUGCAGUCGUCACUGCAGCAUAGACCGUAGGAAGCAGUUAGUCUUUAUGGUAUUGUAGUCAGAUAAAACAUUCAGAUGAAUGAAGUGGGAGGAUCACAAACCAGGAUGAAGAACUCCACGUUCCUGGUGGAAAUAACCGACUGGUUUUCAUGUCUCUGCAGAGCCUCUGGGCUGAAUCAGCUGUGAGGAAACAGUAAAACAUUCAGGCUGGAGACCUGAACUGGGAAGCACUGACCUACUUACCAGCUAAGCUAAUACAUUUUAAAAAGUACCGUCACAAGCCGAUCUGUAACAGCUACCCGAUCGGUCCCUGCAUGGGCAAAAUGCGUCUACCUCUACUAAAGCAUUUUACAGCACAAGAGUUUCUCUUGAGAUGUUAACACUAAUAAUUGCUUGUUAGAAUGUUUACAAUAAUAGAAAAGUUUAUUUAAAAAAAAAAGAUAUGCAUCUGGACUUCAUGAUCCAACGCACUGGUGGCCCAAUACAUACUGCACUUGUGUAAAUGUUUUCUUCUUCUUCUGUUAGUUUACUCUUUGUGUGCAAGGAUACCACCACCUAACAGACCCAAUAGUAACUCAGUUAACACAGACAUGUUAUUAACAGUUAAUGUUUUUAUGUAAUUUGAUUGGUUGCAAGUCUUUUCAAGUCAGAGGUUUGAAGUUGAAGUCAAGUCACGAGUAAUGGAUAUUAAAGUCCAAGUCAAGUCAUGAGCUAUAAAUAUUAAAGUUUGAGUCAAGUCACGAGCUAUAGAUAUUAAACUUCGAGUCAAGUCACGAGCUAUAGAUAUUAGAGUUCGCGUCACGUCACAAGUUAUGGAUAUUAAUGUCUGAGUCAAGUCACGAGUUAUGGAUAUUAAAGUCUGAGUCAAAACAUGAGUUAUGGAUAUUAAAGUCCAAGUCAAGUCACGAGCUAUAAAUAUUAUUGUUCGAGUCAAGUCACGAGGUAUAGAUAUUAAAGUUUGACUCAAGUCACGAGCUAUAGAUAAUGAAGUUUGAGUCAAGUCACAAAUUAUGGAUAUUAAAGUCUGAGUCAAGUCAUGAGUGAUAGAUAUUAAAGUUUGAGUCAAGUCACAAGUUAUUAAUAUUAAAAUCUAAGUCAUGUCACAAGUUACAGUUAUUAAAGUCCAAGUCCAGUCACAAGUUAUGGAUAUUAAAGUCCAAGUCAAGUCACAAGUUAUAGAUAUUAAAAUCAGAUUCAAGUCACGAGUUAUAGAUAUUAAAGUCUGAGUCAAGCCAUGAGUUCUAGAUAUUUAAGUUCGAGUCAAGUCACAAGAUAUGGAUAUUGACGUCUGAGUCUAGUCACGGGUAUGGAUAUUAAAGUCUGAGUCUAGUCACGAGUUAUGGAUAUUAAAGUCCGAGUCAAGUCACGAGUUACAGAUAUUAAAGUCAGAGGCAAGUCACGGGUUGUGGAUAUUAAAGUCCACGUCAAGUCACGAGUCAGAGCUUUGAAAGUCCAUGUCUAGUCUAAAGUCAUAAAAUUCACGACUCGAGUCUGACUCGAGUCCAAGUCAUGUAACUCGAGUCCCUACCUCUGAUUCUAGAGACAUCUGCAUAUAUAUUUUUUUACACCCAAUAUUUUGUUAUGCCGAAGGACAAACUGUAACCAGGUUGCAUUUCAUCAUUUUAUAGAUAUUUUGAUAAGGUUCCUAUUUAUUCUUUUGAGGAACACUAACAUGACAGUCUUGUGAGUAAAUCAUGUUUGAAGGUGGAGAUACAACACCUUCACCAUCAAACUGAAACAACGCAUCCAUUGGGACGAACCUAAAUUAAUUAAAAUUUUCAAAAUGAAAAGAAGAAAAAAAACUUCUAACCAAUAUCACAGGAUUUUUACGAAAGCAAUGAUAUUUUUGUAAUGCACUAAAAAAAACGUUUUUUUUGUUUUUUUUUUUUAUUAACUAUAAUCCUAUAUCAUUUUGAUUCUUUCCAACAGGACAAAAGCUGGCAUGUAAAUAGUUGUAAAACUGAAACUAGUCACCUGUGGAACAGUUUUGUUGACUGAUAAAACUCUGCACAAAUAUCAUUGAUGCAAACUUAUAACAUGGUAUGAACACUUUUCAAUCCACUGUAAAUCAUUGAUAAAUACAUCUAUUGAGUUCAGAUCAAUAAAUAGAUGGUGAAACCUCAUAAACUGGUCACACAGGUAUCCAUUGACUAGAUGGAAAACAUGUGACUGACAGAAGCAGGCAGCGCAAAGUCAAAAACGUUUAUCAGAGUGAAAUACUGUAGUGUAACAAUGUUCUGAAACUCUUCAAUGCAGUUCUGUAAAAUAGACUCUGUUUAUUUUCAUAUUUCUAAUGGAUAGAGGAAAAAGUUAAAUGAAUCUUGGGGAGGAAUUUGAAAGAACAACAAAUAUAUUUAAGGAUUUCUUUUUCUAAACCGUGUGUGUGUGUAUGUAAAAAAAGAAAAUUUGAUACUAACUUGUCAGUACUGUUUGACCAAAGAUAUUGUAUAUUUUAGGUAUGCGGAAGGUAGAGAAACAAUCAUUGUAUGAUGUAGAAGUAUAUUUUUAAUCUAGUUUAUAUUAUUUUCUGUUUUCUUUACCCGAUUAGGAUUUGUUGCUUUUCAGAACCAUCCUGAUACACCUGCAGUCCAUUCGUGGACCUCUACACUAAAACCAAGCAUGCUACUGCACAAAUGGUGGGAAAAAAAAGAAAAAAAGAUGCAUACUGUAUUUUUGCACUAAAGGGCGCACUGGAUUAUGAUGAAUGGUCCAUAUACAAACAUCUAUAUACGGUGCACUGAAGGUUGAUUGUUCGAUCACAUCGGACGUGGCAGGCGCGGUGGAGGCAUCAAAUUUCAAUGUUAAGUCAAUGUAAAAACCCGAUCUGACACGGGGGGCGGGCACUGCGUGUCAACCAAACAGGGACUGGACUUUGGUACGGGACGUUUUUAGUGACUAGAUCAAAGAGGAGAUUCAAGAUGGCGACUCAAUGUGAGGAUUUUCGCCCUACUUUCAUCCUUUUUUUUAUUUUCUUGUGGGGUUGCCGGGAUUGGCCUCUGAUCACAUGCAAGAUGGCAUGGAAAAAAUGUCUAGUUGGACGCAGAAACUUUAGCCGGUUGCGUAAACGGAAAUUUCCUAAACUUUAGGAAACCCUUUCAGAAAUUAUAUUUUAAUAACUUUUCAGGCUUUGUCACUUUUAAUAUUUUAAAUAAAUAAACUGUCUAACACUUUAGUCUGCAAGAUGAGAUUCAAAUGGGACAGAGGACGUUAAUCGUUUUACUUCUUUCAAGUCAAUACUAACAAGUGUUCAGAUUUGUAUAACUAUACCUGUUUACCUCCGGAGAAAAAGUUGGUUAAAAUGCUGUUUUUUUCUCUGUGAAUCAGCUGAUCUCAAAGCAGUUACGAUAUGUCAAAGGGAAAAAAGGUCAAAAGCUUAAAACUGGGGGUUCUGUUUUCUUGCGGCCAGCUCCGGCAGAGGGAGGGACUUCUGGCGUCUGGUGUGAAUGCACCAUAAGGCACAUUAAGCGAGGAAGAGCCAGACAGAAGUCUAUCAGUCAGUUGGACUUUAUUAACUGUGUUCCCAGUAAUUCUAGAACUUGUUUGUAACGUGCUACAUGUUAGCCACAUUAGAAGCAUUGGAAGCAUUAGCCGUCUUAGCGUAUUCACAAUAUCUGUAACCCCAACCUUGUUCGCAACACGCGUAAAUCAGAGUGAUAUCACUAAAACAAGUGUUAUCGUAACAAUUCUAACUUCCAACCUUGUUAGCAAUGAGUUAAAAAAACAAUCCAACAUUGUUACACGUUAGCCUCAUCAGCAUAUUUACAGUAACACACAAACCUUGUUUGCAACACAAAUAAACAGACAUUUUGACAUCUCUAAAUCUCUUCAACCACAGUAUCCUCUACCAAAACGAAUCCAUAUAUUUGACACCCAAAUUGUAAGGCACAAUGCUUUUAUAUAUAUAUAUAUAUAUAUAUAUAUAUAUAUAUAAGGCUUUUUUAGUGCACCGUAUGGUGUGGAAAACACAGUUCACCCCCCUGACCACAUGUGCAUUGGUAUUCCAUCCAGAGGAUCCCACAGAUCUAAUGAUGAAGCUGCUUUAUGAAGCUGAAUUCCAAUAAAACUACUGCUGGUGAUAGUUUCUGUGGUGGGCAGGAACUCCAUCAACAGCUUCUUCAACACCAAAGACACUCACAAAAAAGGGAAAUAAGUUAUUCUAAAGACAUUUAAUGCAACUGUGAUUUCUUAAUUCCUGUGUGAAAGAAAGUAAGUGUGAUUUUUUACAGAGUUAAGAACAAAACAAAAGUCUUAUCACACGUUUUCUAACACCAGUUCCUGUGUUUUUCCUUUCAAUGCCCCGUGAGCAAGAAGGAACAGGCAGGCAGGACGGCUGACCAGCUUGAGCGAGAACCAGUGGGUGUUUAACUUCUGCACAUACUCAGAAAGAGUUCAUAUUUAGAGAUGACUCAUGUGAUAGAAGCAGAUUAUCAAAUGUUUGCGAGAGUCCAGCCUUCAGUGUUGUCACUUUAGACUGUGAAUGUUCUGGUUUUAAACCCCAAUUUGAGCAAAAAUUUGUAUUUUUUUGUCAUUCAAUAAAAAUAAAUUAAGUUAAAUCACCAAAAAUGUAUUUACAGCAAUUUACAAUUUAGCACAUUGAUGUCAAAUGUUUGGAGAAAUUUCACUUUGAUGAACUUAAUGAACUCCUUUCAAAUAGAUUGUUUGUGAAAUACUUAAAACACACACUUUGAUGAAAAUUUAGUUUUUAAUGUUUUUAACAUGUUCUUGUGGCAUUUUUCUCAUGAUGGGAGUCAUAUAUAAAGAAAAUUAAGCCUAAAAAUCAAUUUCUGAGUUUUUUUUAUUCCAAUUGUUGUAAAUCAGGGCAGACAAAAAUAAAAUGCUUGAAAAAGAUUGUAUUUGUGAUAUAGAAAAUGCUUACUGUGAUGUGAUGUAGUAUCACAUUUACUUUUCAAAACUUAAGACUUCAAAAAUGGAUAGAAGUUUCCAGCAGCUGAGGAGUUUGUGGUCCCCUUUUAUUCAAAAAAGCUUCAACAGACACUCUUUAAGGUAGAAGCUGUGUUGUUUUAUUGAAGCUGAGUGUGGUUUUACACUUUAAGUUGAGGAUAGAAGGUCCAUGAUUAAACGUACGUGGUCUUAACCCAGCCAGCAAGGCCAAGUGGGCCCCAUAUGGUUUAAAAGUGGUCAGAAGUGUGGGCCCAAGUUGGGUUUGUCCACAGUUUCCAUGGUGGCCCCUCUUGUGUUUGCCAACAUUGGCUAUGGUGCCAAGGGACUGGCAGCCUGGGCGCAAACCCUGAUAAGUCUGCCGGCCCAUGGCACGGCACUCACUUGUUCAGCUGUCCCCUGGGCACAGCACUUGCUUGUGCCGCCUGCCCCUGGGCACAGCAUUCGCUUGCUCCGCUGACCCCUAGGUGUGGCACUCACUUGCUCCGCCGGCCCCUGGGCGCAACACUCGCUUGUUCCGCUGGCCCCUGGGCGCGGCACCCACUUGCUCUGCCGACCCUGGGCAUGGCGUUUACUUGCUCUGCUGGCCCUUGGGUGUGGCACUUCUUUGCUCCGCUGACCCUAUGUCACAGCACACGCUUGCUCUGCCGGCCCCUAGGCGCAGGACUCGCUUGCUCUGCCGGCCUCUAGGCACCCCACUCAAUUUCUCUGCUGGCUUCUUGGCAUGGCACUCAAUUGCUCUGCCGAACCUGGGAUUGGCAGUUGCUUGCUCUGCUGGCCAUUGGGUGCGGCACUCGCUUACUCUGCUGGCCUCUUGGCACGGCACUCAAUUGCUCUGCCGGCCCUAGGGCAGUGGAGCUCGCUCCGGUGUCCACCAGGCGACUGACUAGCAUUGUGAGCCAGCUCACUGAGUGUCCACUUAAGCCAACAUAGACAAACAAAGGUGGGGGCCACCAUGGAAACUGUGGACAAACCGAACUGGGCCCCACACUGGCCUUCCUGGUUGGGGAGGGGUUCUUUUUGCGUCAUCUGCCUCUCAGCAUUCUGUUCUAAACAUACAGUUCUCACCAGCAGAGAUGCUGGCUUUUCAUCUCAACACUAAUCAUGUGAAAUGUUCUCUUAAUCUUUGAUGACUGACAAACCUGAAGUAGAGACAAUCUUUUUAAAUAAGUUUUGACUCACAGGAUACGACGUGGCUUCUGGUUGAUGUUCAAAUAUGGCUUCUUUGUUACACAAGAUACAUAGACGAGGUAAAGCUUUAGUGUUUUGCUUUAGUGUUUUAUCUGCAGAUCUGCCAGCAGGGGUCUCUGACUUAUAGAACACAGUCAUCUUCAGUUUUGUCCCUGACAUACAGGGAUUUCUUCAUCUUUAUUUAUUUUUUUAAUAUAUAUUUUUAUUAUUUUAUUGAGUAUAAAUGAUAAGAAUGACACAUCCUUUGAUUUUACUGGACAAAGUUUUUCAUAAUCUUUUUAUGCACUGAUUGAAGAGCCUCUGUCCACCUUUACAUUUUAGAAAAGUCUUUCUUAGACCUUAAACGUUCAUGAUACUACAGCCCUGAUAUUUCUGAGAUGUUUUUCUACUGAAUCUGUACCAUCUGUGGUGCUUUUGCCCCUGUGAUAACUUCCUUGAAAUCUGCAGUUGGUAGAAGUUUGUAAUUAGCUAAUUUAGUGAAUAACAGCUAAAUAUGAGUUUAAAAACUAAAGGUUUUAAAAAAGAUUUUUUUGGGGGGGGUUUGGUUCAUCAUUUGUGGAUCUAAGUGAGAUUGAACAUCUUAGUGUAUCUAUAAGAGAAUUUUUAGUGCAAAUGACUUCAUCUACAUUCACUUAUCAUCAUGCAGUCUUAGAAAUACAGUAUAUAGUAUUGAAAGAACAACUCAAAUGUAAUUAAGAUUUGUCCCAAAAAUCAUUAUAUUUUAAACAAAGUGUUUAUUUUGUAAUGUUUUCCAGCCUAAACUUUGCUUUACUUAACAUUUUUAUGAUUAUUUUAUUUUCAGUGAUUGUGAGGCUUCUCCCAGGUCUUUAUUCUCUGUCAAAGUUGAAAUAAAAUAAUAAUAAAGUCUCUUGACCUGCA